CUUUAAAUGGGUCCCUCCUCACUACUUUGAUGUCCUCUUUUAACUCCGUCUGUCAACGCCGAGCUCCAAUGGCCGCCACGCACUAUCGUCAUUGACCUAACGCGCCUCAACAAGAAAACAAAACCCGCUCCUCCACUCUCCAGAGCCGGAAUCUUACGCAUCCGGCCGCCGUUAGUUUUAACGCUAAAUGGUGUCGGUUUUAUUCUACUUCUCUUAUUUGCUUUAACUAAAGCUAUCGGAUCUCUCUCUCGCAUCGCUUUCGUGACAGGAAAGAAGUUUCUAAAGGUGGGAAGAAAAGGGAGGGAGUUUUGUUGUUAGGGUUUCGACUUUGGAGGUCGGUUUUUGAUGGACGGGACUUCGCUUGACGAUAUUAUACGGCGGCUAGUGGAAGCGAAGAAUGGGAAGACCACUAAGCAGGUGCAGCUGACGGAGGGGGAAAUCCGGCAGCUUUGUUUGGCGUCAAAAGAUAUCUUUCUCGGUCAGCCUAACCUUCUCGAGCUUGAAGCUCCUAUAAAGAUUUGCGGAGAUGUUCAUGGCCAGUUUUCGGAUCUUCUACGAUUGUUCGAAUAUGGUGGGUACCCGCCUGAGGCGAACUAUUUAUUCCUCGGGGACUAUGUUGAUCGUGGUAAACAGAGCAUAGAGACAAUAUGUCUUCUCCUUGCAUACAAGAUCAAAUACAAGGAGAACUUCUUUCUUUUGAGGGGCAACCAUGAAUGUGCUUCCAUCAACCGCAUAUAUGGGUUUUAUGAUGAGUGCAAGAGGAGGUUUAAUGUUCGCCUCUGGAAGACAUUUACGGAUUGCUUUAAUUGUCUGCCUGUAGCUGCUCUUAUAGAUGAAAAGAUCCUCUGCAUGCAUGGUGGAUUAUCUCCUGAUUUGAAAAACUUGGAUCAGAUCAGAAAUAUUGCUCGACCUGUCGAUGUGCCAGAUCAGGGCCUUCUGUGUGAUUUAUUGUGGGCUGAUCCUGAUAAAGAUAUUGAAGGCUGGGGUGAGAAUGACCGUGGAGUGUCUUAUACAUUUGGGGCUGACAAGGUUGCUGAAUUUCUUCAGGAACAUGACCUUGAUCUCAUCUGUCGAGCCCAUCAGGUUGUUGAAGAUGGUUAUGAGUUUUUUGCAAAGCGGCAGCUGGUCACAAUAUUCUCUGCACCAAACUACUGUGGUGAGUUCGAUAAUGCUGGUGCAAUGAUGAGUGUAGAUGAUACUUUGACAUGUUCCUUUCAAAUCCUUAAAUCUUCUGAGAAGAAAGGAAAAAUGGCAUUUAACAGCAAUGCAUUGAGACCUGGAACUCCACCACAUAAGGGGAAGGGUUGAUAAUUUGCGCAAGCAGGAAGCAUCUGAAGUGGCGAAACGAAUGAAGCCAAAAUCAAUUGCCGUCUCGUUCAAGCUUUUAUACUGGAGGAUCACUCUGCUGCCUGUUCAGGUUACAUAAGCUAUCAAUUCUGCGCCUUUGACGAAAAGGUGAAAUGUGAAGAGAUAAUGUUACCGAACAUUGUCAAAGGAGCUUAGGCAUCCAUCCUAUGCAACGGGUAUUUUUUUUUUUUUUUUUUAAAUUAUGUAAAAUGGGUACUUCUGACUUUGUGCUGAACGGUGCAGACUUUCAACUUAUGGCAAUACUUCUCGUUUCUAUUGCUCAAAAUUGGGCAAACCCUUUAAAUAUGAAAGAAAGUGGUUUUUAAGCUAA